UAGCUAGCUGUAGGCCGGCCCAGGUCGCACGCAGACGAGCCGCCGCCGGCGCAAACUCUGUCUCCGGGGAGUGGAGCGGCGGCGCAGCGGGUGGAGGCUCGUCUUGCGGCGGCGACUUUGUGCGGUGCGUGCGGCCGCAGGACGUGACCAGGUUUUCCCCUCAGCUCGCCGCAAACUCUCCUUCCGGGGAGAAGCGGCCUCGGCGUCGGCGGCGCAGCGAGUGAGGCGACGGCGACUCCGUGCGGCCGCGGGUGCAAUCCCAGGUUCGUCAUGUCGUCGUUCGCCGGCGUAACUGUCCUCGACGGACACAACCAGUGCCAUUGCGAAAUGUCGGGCGUCUACGCCAGCGCCGGUGUGGACGCCGGGUACCACCUGCUCAUUGUCAAGGGCUACUCGCGUACCAAAGAGUUCUUCCCCACCGGCGAGAACAUCACCUCUGGUCAUUUUGUAGUAGGAGACCACGAUUGGUUACUCGAGUACUACCCCAAUGGCUUGGACCCGAGCUGCGCCGACUACAUUUCCGUCUAUCUGACCCUUCUCUAUGACUCCGAUGUCGACGAGGAGGAAGUGGAGGUGAAGUUCAGUUUCAGUCUCAUCAACCAGGUCGAGAAGCAGAUGCCAACGUACAUUCGUGGAACUAAAACUUACAGCUUCUCCAGCAGCGUUCCAAUGUGGGGCAUCGGCAAGUUCGUGAGAAGACGCACCCUUGAGCAGUCCCCGGAUCUGAUAUGUGAUUGUUUUACCAUCCGUUGCGACAUCAUGGUUUGCAAGGACCCCAGAAGUAAGGAUGAUGCCGGUGGCACCCUGCCUGACAUACACCAGCAUUUUAGCAAUCUCCUUGAUGAUAAGCUUGGUGCUGAUGUGGCAUUUGAGGUCGGCGGUGAGACGUUCGCCGCACACCGCUGCGUGCUCGCAGCCCGAUCCACAGUGUUCAGGGCACAACUCUUUGGUCCCAUGAAGGAGGGCACUGCCACGUCCAGCAUCAUACAGAUCAAAGACAUGGAAGCAAAAGUGUUCAGGGCUUUGCUUAGCUUCGUCUACACAGACUCAUUCCCUGAGAUGUACAAGGACAUCAUGGAGGAGAAUCACAUGAUAGAUUUUGAGGAACAAGAACAAGCAGAUGAAGAUGAAAUGUCAGAAGCUGUGGAACCAGGACAAGAUGAGCAUGAAAUUUGGCUGCAGGACUUGUUGGUAGCGGCAGACCGAUAUGAUCUCCAGCGGCUCAAGUUCAUCUGUGAAAAGCGGUUAUCUGAGCGGAUAGGUGUGAGCUCGGUGGCGUCCACUCUUGCUCUAGCUGAGAAGCAUCAUUGUCGUGGAUUGAAAGAGGCGUGCUUGGAGUUUAUCCAAGUCCAGUCUCCCUCGCGUUUGAAGAGAGUAAUGGCGACUAAUGGCUGGGAGCAUAUAAUCACGACAUAUCCCUCUGUUCUGAACGAGUUCAUCGCCAAGCUUAUUGCUUCAAGGCGGAAGUAAUGCUCAUUCUGCAUAUAUAUGGGGAAGCAAAGCAAUGGAGAUACGUGCAUGCACUAAUACCCACCGGAGAUGCUGUGACGAGAUAUGAUCACUCCUGGUCCUGGGGCAGGGGUGUAAGCGGCGCGCUUCGUAGUUAAUCUCAAGAGAAAUUAGUUCUAGCUUGAGUUACACGGGUUUGUUGAAGUUGCACUAGUAGGCUGUCGCCUUAGCGGGACGCCGCUCUGCAUCCUUACCCUGGAGGCAAAAGCUAGCAGAAAAUCACUCACUGCUGGAACUGGUCCUGGUGAAGAAAAGAAACGAGGAGAAUUGCUUGGGGCUGCUUGGCCUGAAUGCCGCCGAGGGCUCCCCGUACCUCAAGGCCAAACACCAGCUGGUUCUGAAGACCACACACUAACUGGAAAAUGCUUCUAGUACUAUUAUCUGUGUCUUAUUCCGGAAAUGAAUUGUAGAUGCUGGUAAAUUAUUUUUCACCACGUGUGUUAAUUUCACAUGAGAUGCUAUAUGUAUGUAUGUACUGACCCAGUUGAAAGUAGUCAAACUCAGGUGUUAAAACCA